AUGGCGGCGCCUUCGUGGUCGUCGUGUCCGGGUCGGGCGGGGUUGGGUGCGGGUGCGGGGGUGCCGGUGCCGUCGGAGGAGGAGGAGGAGGUGUCCCGGCGGCUGCAGCGGACCCGGCGGGAGCUGAGCAACAGGAGGAAGAUCCUGCUCAAAAACCUGCCGCGGGACAGCCACACCCAGGAGGUUCACGAGUUGUUAAAAGACUACGAACUGAAGUACUGCUAUGUGGACAGGAACAAAAGAACAGCAUUUGUUACCUUACUGAACGGCGAACAAGCCCAAAGUGCAAUUCAGACGUUCCACCAACAUACUCUGCGGGGCAAAGACAUCGUGGUCCAGUUCCAACCCACAGAUGCCCUGCUCUGCGUCACCAACCUGCCCACCUCCCUCACCUUCCAGGAGUUCGAAGAGCUCCUUCGUGCCUAUGGGAACAUCGAGAGAUGUUUUUUGGUCUACAGCGAAGUGACUGGUCAGUCCAAAGGCUACGGCUUUGUGGAAUAUAUGAAAAAGGACUCGGCGGCCAAGGCCAGAGUGGAACUCAUGGGGAAAGAAUUGAGGGCGGGCAGUCUCUUUGCACAAUGGAUGGAUAUUAACCAGCUGGAUCCCGAUCUCAUUCAUUCGAAGUGCCUCUGUGUCGAUAAGCUCCCCAGUGACUUUGCUGACUCCGAGGAGCUUGUGCGACUCUUCUCCCGUGUCCAUACCCCUGUGUUUUGUCAGUUUGCACAGGACGAGGGCUCCUACGUUGGCGGCUUCGCCGUGGUCGAAUACGACACCGCCGAGCAGGCCGAGGAGGUGCAACGAGCGACCGACGGCAUGACCAUCCAGGGAAACAAAGUCCGCGUGGCCUUCUGUGCCCCAGGGGCACCGGGGAGAAGCACGUUGGCAGCGUUGAUAGCGGCCCAGCAAAUGAUGCUCAAUAAUCAGAAGGGUUUACUUCCAGAACCAAACCCAAUACAGAUCAUGAAGAGUUUAAAUAAUCCUGCCAUGUUGCAGAUUUUGCUUCAACCCCAGUUACGUGGAUGUGCUGGUAAACCAGCAGGCCUCGGAGUGCCCCACGGUUUACCACAUCUAAUGAAUCCCACAAUCAAUCCUGCGUUUUUACAGAUGAACCCAAUUCACCAGGUGUCAGGCCUGGGGAGCUCCUCGCGCUUCCUCCUCCAGAACCUCUGCUACCUGCAGGUAGCUCAGCAGCAACUGAUGAAGAUCGACAGCCUUCACAGCACCAGUAAGCCAGGACUCCUCGGAGAGCCUCCGGCCACGGUUCUGCAGGCUGCACUGGGCAUGGGGCCGACACCUUCGCUGAAAGCAGAGUUGGGACAUCACGGGGAGGCACUUAAAGCGCCGAGCCUGGCUUCCCCUCCGACGGCGGCCUCCGGCGGGAUGGGCGCCUUUCCCUUCUUUCCAAACCAGCCCGUGGUGGGGCCGGCCCUGCCCGCCAGCGCUCAGGACCAACCGGUGGGAUCGGCGGAAGGAGCUGGCUCCGUGCCGCCGCAGCCCUAUCUCCAGAGCUUUCCCGGUCUUCCUCCCGCAGGCCUCCGGACGGGACCCCCUAAGCAGCACGGCCAGCCAAAAAACACCGAGACCGGCUCAGGGCAGAUUUCCUGUAUAAACCAGCCUUCCCUGUUGGGAGAGCCUCCACGAGAAAUCCGCCUCAGUACGAAUCCGUACUUGAACCUGGCCAGCGUGCUGCCUGGCUCCUGCCUGCCGCCCCCCGGUGCCAGUAAAACCAGCCCUCUGCAGCAGCUGGGAAUUUCCAAAAGCCUAUUGGACGCCGCCUUGUCUCAGGGAGCCCCUUCCCAGCAGACCCUGGAGAGCUACCUGCAUUAUUCCCAGCAGUUCGGAGACUAUGCCUCGGGAUCCACCCUGAGAAGCGAAAAGCGAGGUUCCUCCUUCCUGAUUUCGGUGCCGGAAGGCGGGCCGGUGGAGCCGGCGGGCCGGCAGACCGAGGGCUACCCGCCAGAAAACCUCUUGAAAAAGAAGCGUGUGUACUGAGGGCGUCCCAGCCGGCACCCCCCCACCCCGUCCCUGGUUUCCCCCACCACCGGUUUUACCCCUCCGCUUUCCAGCGCCGCUGCCUUAACUCCACGCCGCCGCUCCACCGCCCACGAAAGCAGGUCAGAAAUGCGCAGGAGGAAAUGUUCCGGCAGCAGGCAGAUUGGCCAAAGGAAAAAACUUGUAGCAAUAAUAAAAAAAAAAAAGGCAUCUCUCUGGGAGCAUCUCCCCUAGGACCCGUGCCUUCCAAAAAGGGCAGGGCGCUCUACCAUCCUCGGCCCGUUGUCGACGUCGACAGUGUUUCUUGUUUUGUGAUAGAUACAUUUCCUACGAUUUUUUUUUUUUUUUUUGGUAAAUGCAGCAAUAAAGGAAGGCACGUUUUCCUUCUUGGGCCAUAGAAAGGUCAGUGGUGUUUUUUUCCCCCCCAUUUAUCUGCAAGCCAGGGUGCAGCUCAGCUGCUUUUCCCUAAGAGCAGCCUGAGUGUGUAGGUUUUUGGGGGUGUGGAAGGGUGAGUGCCCUGGUGAUGCCUUUUUUUUGUAUUCUGUGCGGUGUAUGCAGGUUUUAUGGGAUGCUAUGGAAAGUGUGGGGGGAGAAACUGGAUGUUAUGCUUCUGAACUUUGCCUUUGGACGUAAGCUAGAGUGUGAAUUCUGCCCUUUUCAAGUGAGGAGAGUCUCCUGUCGUGUCUUCCCCCCACUUCAUCAAGGGGCAACCACUCAAAUUAUAACUUCAGCUCCAGGUGAGAAACGCUCCAUCGCCACCGGCCCUGAACAUCCAUUUCCCCCUCCUGGUGUCCGUCGGCUAGAAAGACGCGAGCAGUCCUCAGUUUACCUUUCCAGGGCCACGAGGGCACCGUCCCCAGGGGUGCUGGCAUGGAGGUAGGAGGGGUGGAACGGACAAAGAUCGAUCCUUAGGCGGCGGCGGCGG